AUGGCUUCGCUUUGCAAGCAUGGAAAAAUCAAGGAUGCUAGAGAUCUUUUUGACUCAAUGGAAAUGAAGGGCCUAAGACCUAAUAUUGUCUCCUACCUAAUUCUGCUUAACAGGUACGCCACUAAAGGAUGCCUUGUUGAUAUGACAGAUCUCUUCAAUUUGAUGCUAGGAGACAGUAUUGCACCUAACAGCCAUAUUUUCAGUGUGCUGAUCAAGGCAUAUGCUAACUGUGGAAUGCUAGAUAGGGCUACAAUUAUCUUCAAUGAAAUGAGGGAGCAAGGAGUGAAACCUAAUGUGCACGACAAGCUCUACGUCGACAUCGCCGUUGAAGCCACCGCCGACCUUCGACGCCGACGCUCAUGCCGCCGCCGUCCCGAGCGUGACUACUUCGACGACGUCGACAUACCGACGUUGUUAGCGAAACGGAUCUGCUACCUCUACCGAUCUCUACUGCAUUGA